AAAAAAACAAAAUGGCUAGGCACUUCAAAGAAACUGAUAUUGAUGAGUUCAAGGAGUGUUUCUUCCUGUAUGCGAGGAGGGGGACAAUCGUCCGGGACGAUGAACUCUCGCUCAUCAUGAGGUCUCUGGGAUUCAAUCCAACAAGCUCAGAAGUCACCAAGUAUUUCAAGAAACAUCAGCGAGAUGGCAAGAUCGAGUUUGCAAUCUUCCUCGACGUUUUAUAUGAACAUUCUAAAGUGGAGAAAUGUCAGGACGAGAUGCUGGCGGCAUUCAGGGCAACAGACAGAGAAAAUCGGGGUUACAUAUCGGCAAAGGAUCUGCGACAUAUUCUCAUGAGCUUUGGGGAAAAAUUAUCUAAAAGAGAAGUGGACUCGAUGUUGAAGGAGGCAAACGUUUCUGGUUCUGGUCAAAUACGCUACAACGAGUUUGUGAAGUCCAUGUUGAUGCCUGUUCCAGAUUACUAGACUGUUGAGAGGUGAUGUGCUUUCCUGAUCAAUAUCAGAGACAAUGUCAAAGUUCAUAUCAAGGAUCACAAGAAUAAAUGACGGCAAAUUCAUGCGUCAUAAGUUUUCACUGAAUCUCAUUCUGUAUUAUGUUCAUUUCAAUAGGAAAGGAUUUCAAAGCAAUAAUCAGGACUAGUUCUUCAGUUGGCUGUUGGAGGGAAAUAAUGUGGUCUUUCUUGACUGGCCUGUAAUCACCUUUCAUGUAAUAAUCCAACUAUAUAUGGAACUGCAAUUGGAUAUUCACAAAAACUGACCAGUCUUCCAUCGCGAUAUCAGUACUUAUCCAGUAAAGACCGACAUAUGCAACUUUUACUGCACUUCCUUGUGUGAUCUCAAGCCAUCAGCCACUUUAAACUGGGAGACAAACCAUGCUGUGGUUCUCCAAUACUGCUGAUAGAUUUUAACCAUAUCAUAGGGCGAACAUGUUGGACAUUUUCUUGGGAUAUUUGGUUCACCCUGUAUCCUAACACAUUCCAUAUUAAUGAGAUGCAUGCUCUUUGUGCUUUUGUUAAUGUAAUGAUGCUGUAAAAUCAGUCAGGAGCAGUCACAACUUCCUAAUUGACUGCACGCACUACAUGUAACUUCUUGUACUGAUACUGUGCCGACGUGUUUAAGCCAGUGCCUGUACCAAAGGCCCAAUGAGCUGCAAUAGGCCUAUGCAGAACAGCAAGCUUAAACAUGUCGACUCAGUAGAUGCCACAACUUGUGCUGCCACUUAAGUCUUGACAGCACCUGUGUGAGUUUACAGUGAUAGUAAAGCAGGCAUAUUUCUGCAAUAAAUUUAUAUUUACACAUA